AUGUCGAACGAUAGCGAGCCAACGGUUGCUGUGAAGCUGUUCAUCGACAAGGAGAAGAAAAGGGUGCUGUAUGCAGAAUCCAGCACUGAGUUCGUCGACGUCCUCUUCAGCUUCCUCACACUGCCACUCGGCAGGAUCGUUCGUCUUCUCGGCAAGCGGUCUCAGGUUGGGUGCCUUGAUGAGCUGUACAAGAGCGUGGAGAGUCUGAGCGAAGAUCACUUUCAGACCAAGGCGUGCAAGGCGAUGCUUCUUAGCCCCUGCAACGCUGCAGCAGCCCAUUGCAGUCAGCUUAAAGUCAAAGUAGAUGACAGCAAUCGUAUGUAUCGUUGCAAAGAAGCAAGUUGCGGUUAUGCAGUAUUUAGCUCAGUCCCUGAUGCUACUUGCGUAUGUGGACAUCCCGUCCAUGUCCCUAAGUUCAUCAUAACUGAUGAUCUCCACGUUGCUCCCUCUUGCACAAGCAUCAUGUUUUCCCUCAUCGAGAAAUUUGGAAUACCUCAAAAAGGGAAUAUCGAGGAGAAGAUUUCUAGCCUGCUUGAGAGAGCCAUGCUGACUAAGCAACCUUUAACUGGAUUGUGUUUUGAUGUUGCUAUCGCGCCGAGUGUUACAGACCUGUGUAAUAUUCCCGAGAAUAUGUUUGGAAAACAAAGUGUGGCUGAUCCCAAAUUCAGAGCCAUGAACAUAAGGCUUGUUCAGUCCAAGGAAGAUUCAGUGCUAUAUGCUGAAGUUGGGCAAGAUUUCGUUGAUCUUGCUUUUGGCCUCCUUGCCAUUCCACUUGGAACCAUGAUGAAGAGCUUUAGUCAGUUACCUCAAGUCGGAUGUAUUGAUAAUAUCUACAAGAGUGUAGGUGGGAGUGCAAAACAAGAAUGCCAAACCAUACUUCUAUCUCCGAAGUUACCCCCGUACUUUGGCUGCAGCAAUAAUAUACUGCAAGUAGAAGAAUCUGUUCCUAGAUACCUUCGUAUUGGUCAGACUUUAGUUAGUGAGAGGAAUCCCAAAUCAUCUACUGAUAAAGCCUAUAUCAAGGGUGGCCCCAUGAAGUUCAUGGUGACCAACGAUCUCCACAUCCAUCCAUUUUGCUUGACAAAUACCCUGGAUUUUCUUCGUGCAUCCAAGAUUCCGACUGGAAAACUUGUGCAGAAAGAACUCAUACUCAACCAAACCCAGGUUCUGAAGUUUGUUGGUGCUGCAUUUGGGACGCGCAAAGCACUCAGCAGCCUGCUUCUGCCUUCAAAGAAGUAG